AUGUCCUUCGGAGACUGUCCAAUCUGCCUCGAAGAGUUCAAAGAGGCAGAUGUCCUUUUCAAGCUUCCUUGCUAUACAUGUGGAUACAAUUUCUGUGUAAAUUGUUUGGAUGACUUUGUUAAAUCCUCAAAGGACGACUUUCAAGAAGCCAGCGAUGGAUCAAGGCAGGUCAAGGUGCAACUGAAUUGUCCCCAAUGCCGUAGUAAAUAUCCAAUGGAUAUUUUAGAGAUUGGAGUACUGCGAAAUGCCCACAUAUUAGCCGCAUCUUUGGUCCACAAUUCGACGGGACAGAGGCUAGAGGAUUCUGAUUUGUCCGCCACUCAGCUUGCCAAGAAGAGAGAUUUUCAGAGAUAUGGACAGAACAAGAGCAUACAGGGAGCUUUUGGCUUGUACAAGAAAGUCAUGCAUGAUGGAAACCUAGAUCUUCCAGAGAUGUUGAAAGUUGAAAGGUUGCCUGCAUUUGAUGUCUACGGGCAAUCCAAUGACGGCGAGACUGGAGAAGCCUCCCAAGAUAACAACAGAGCAGCCGAGACGAUCGAUGAAUCACUUUUUCAGGGGCUUGGAGAAUCCAUGGGAAAGGACGAAAAGCUCUUUCUCACACAACUACUGACCUCUGGUAAAGCCGAAAAAUUGGCACAGGCAGCCAUGAUUAUGAACGGUAUCCUAAAGCUAUCCAUGUCUGGCCAUACCAUGGCAGCUAACAAUUCAUCAGAUCCCAACGCACACAUUAAGAUUGCCGAACGCAUUGCUAAAGUCAAGAAGCAGUUCCCCGCAGCCAACCACAUGCCUGGGUACUUUAUGAUCCCUCCCUUUGACAGUUCACAGAAACACCUGUUAUUGGAAGACGGCCAGUGGAAUGGCAAGAUUGUCCCACCAGCCCAAAGCAAACGAGUAUUCGACGCAAUCUAUGAGAAAAACUAUCGACCGAAACCAUCAUCACGACCAGUGGUCCUAGUCAAGGGCGUUCGAGGUCCUGUUGGAAGGUUGGGUCUCCGAAGAGGGGACGCUGUGACUCAUGUCAACGAUAUGGAAUGGAAUGGAUCCGCAGCCGAGCUGAAGGAAUAUUUGCGGCAGAGCUUUGCAAAGCAUACCAGUGAUGAAAUAUCGAUGACGGUCAAUGCCAACGAGGAGACUGCCGAAUUUUUGAAGGUACGAUCGGACAUGUUGUCCCGAUCGAACAUAUUACGAUGA